AUGGCAGUCGAUAACUCGCUAGAGUCGCUUCUUGCGACUCUCACAACAUCUAUACGAUCUGCCACCGAAGCACUCCCGCAGGACGACGUUCUCCCGCCGAAAGAGGGCAUCUCUCUGCUUGACGUCAAGAACGAGCUCCUGCUCUCCUACCUUCAAAACCUCGUCUUCCUUAUACUUCUCAAAUUACGAGCACGAUGCUCCGGAGAAAGUGACCAGCUACACCCACAAGAUGAGGUCGUCCAGAAGCUCGUCGAGCUCCGAAUUUACCUCGAGAAGGGUGUCCGCCCACUCGAGAACCGCCUGAAAUACAACAUUGACAAGAUCAUCCGCAGCGCAGACGAUGCCGCCCGCCGCACAGCCCAAGCGACUGCGAAGUCAAAGCCGAAGAAGACAAGGAACGACACAGGUUCUGGGUCCGACGAGAGCGACGCCGAGUCCGCCGCCUCGGACCAGACCGCCGACUCGGAGGACGAGAUGGCGUAUGCGCCCAACAAGGCCGCUGUCGUUCGCGCAGAGCAAGAACAGCCCUCCACACGCGACCGCGAGUCGGCAAAGGACGGCAUCUACCGCCCGCCCAAGAUCACACCCAUGGCCAUGCCCACUACCGAAGGCCGCGCAGAGCGCCGCGACCGCCGUCCCAACAAGUCCGCCACCCUUGACGAAUUCAUCGCGACCGAACUGUCUUCCGCACCCAUCGCUGAGCCCUCAAUUGGAAGCACCAUCACACACGGCGGACGACACACGAAAUCCGAGAAGGAGCGACGGGAGGAAAACGAGAGGCGCGAGUACGAAGAAGCCAAUUUCACUCGUUUGGCGCCGAAGAGCAAGAAGGAGAAGAGGAAGGAGGACAGGGGCAAGAGCCAGGGCGGCUUCGGCGGUGAGGAGUGGAGGGGGCUGGGCGCAGGCAUCGACAGGAUUGAAAGGCUCACACAGAAGAAGGAGGGGGGGGGGAAGGGCAGUCUGGAGAAGAGCAGGAAGAGGCCGGUCGAUGAUGGGCCAAGAGGAAGUGGCAGCGCGGCUGGAGAUGCGUUUGCGAAGAGGCAGAAGAUUGUCAGCAGGUAUCGCAAGUAG